CUGGCGUCACUUCCGCGAUCUUUGCUGAGUUUCCCAACUCCGGUGUUUAUACCUCCAUUACCAUGACAGCUUCGAUCUGACUAAGGACUCGAAACCAAAGUAGCCCGCACUGGAUGAAGUAGAAACCCAGAGCGGCCCCACGUCUUUAUGAAGAUGUGAAUCAUUACCUGGCAGGACCGUAAACCCCCCCCCAUCACCAUGUCCGGCGGGAGCCUGUUCAGCAGGCUGCGCUCGGCGGUCCGGAGGCAGCGCAGCGGCUGGGACCUGAGCGACGCGGCGCCCCUGGACCUGUCCGGGGACCUGGAGGAGGACGACGCCCCCCCCAGGUUCAGCCAGCUCAAGGUCGUGGUCUCCGGGGAGAUGGCGGACUACUCCGCCGGAGCUCCGGCCAACGGGGUGAACACGCUGGUGGUGACCGACGACGACGACUCGCUGCUGGACUCGUCCAGCCCGGGCAGCCCCGGCCCGGCCGCGGAGCCCUGCCCCUCCUGCGCCCUGCAGAGGGAGAGGACCCGGCACAAGAGGGUCAUGAAGAGGCUGGUCUUCGCAGCCGUGCUGUAUUUUCUGUUUAUGACUGGUGAAAUUAUAGGUGGUUAUGUGUCAAACAGUUUGGCCAUCAUGACUGAUGCUGUGCACAUGUUAGCAGACGUGGUGGGUAUCUUGUUUUCUCUGCUAGCUCUCUGGCUCUCCACUAAACCGCCCACGAAGAGAUACACGUUCGGGUUGCAUCGCCUCGAAGUGGUAUCGGCAGUCCUCAGUGUGGUGCUCAUUUACAUCCUGACGGGUGUACUGCUGUACGAGGCGGUUCAGAGGACCGUAAGCCAGGACUUCAACAUAGAUGGAGAUGUCAUGCUCAUCACUGCAGCUGUGGGGGUGGCUGUUAAUCUCAUUAUGGGGUUUUUGUUGAACCAAGGUGGCCACCUCCACUCGCAUGGCCCCGGGCACGGUCACUCUCACAGUCCUGCGCCUGCGCCCGCGUCAGGCUCGUCUGGGUCGGCUCAGCCUCACGGCAGUCUUGCUGUCAGAGCUGCAUUCAUCCACGCUCUAGGAGACCUCAUCCAGAGUGUCGGGGUGCUCAUAGCAGCUUAUAUUGUCCGGUUCAAGCCGGAGUGUAAGCUGGCCGACCCCAUCUGUACCUACAUCUUCUCAGUUCUGGUUCUCUUCACCACAUUCCGCAUCAUACGAGACACAAUAGUCAUUGUGCUGGAGGGUGUUCCCAGACACUUGGACUCUCAGCGUAUCAAAGAGGAUCUCCUGAAGCUGGAUGAUGUCCAAUCAGUCGAUGAGCUAAAUGUCUGGGCGCUGACAGCUGACAAGACUGCUGCACUAGUGCAUCUCCAGCUCACGCCCUCUAGUGCCAACAACUGGGAGGACGUCCAGACGAAGGCCCGCCACCUGCUGCUUCACACCUACGGUCUGACGAGGUGCACAGUACAGGUUCAGACACAUCGGCAGAGGGUGGUGCGCAGCUGUGCACACUGCCAGCAGGCUAGUGCCUGAAAAGAGACUUGUGCUUAUGCUGCCUUCAGCGAUUUAUUCCUUGGAGGCCAAAAAAAAAACAACAAACAAACCGCAGAGUACAGUUGAUAUCAGAGGGCGGCAUGUCACAACGCUGCUGCAGCUCGGUGCCAAAGCAGCAGCCGCAGUGAACGGAUGUAUGGCGGGAGAAAGACUGGUGCCAAAACAGUCGGUGGAAAAACAGCACAACACAUGCACAUUUCUAAUUAAAAGAGGACUUCAGCCUCCUUGUGCCCUCAUGCUUAUAAAGCUUCUUGGAGUGUUAGUUGAAUGCUUGUUCUGAAGAGAAUGGAAAACUUGCCCUUAAUUCACCAUUAAAGCCUAUCGCAGGAGGUAACCUUUUUUUUUUGUUUUGUAUUUAACAGUUCUAUGUUUCACAUCUGAUGUCUUGCCAUCAGUUAAAGAUAAAGGUGGUUAAAACUGGAUGCCAAGUUUUUUUGUGACUUUACAAAGGAUGUCAGGAAAUGGAAAAAAAAAAAUUGAUGUGAUUUGAUGAUUGAUCAUAGCGAAUAUAAGCUGGAUUUCUGAUGAGUGGUACAAGAAAGCCGUAAACAUUUCAUCUCAUGAAAUGCACUUAAUACAUACCGUAAUUGUCAACCAAAGUCUGCUACUGGGGAAGUGGAAAGGGAACUUGUGACAUUAUCAAAAUAGUGUGAGGUGGCUGCACUCACCAACAUAAAUUUGUGCUUCUUUGGACACAGAUUUUAUUUCAACAUUUCUUUAAACUGAUUGCAGCUAGCAGGCAACUGACAAUCACAGUGUUAUUGAUUUGAGAGGAUAAUUCUAAUGUUUCAUCAUUACCUGGCAGUAUCAAGAUGCAGACAGGUUUGGCAAAUUUGAUGCAGAGUUUUGGUGUUGAAAUUUGCCAUUUAUUGUUUUAUAGUGUUGUUUCCAGUGUUGGGAGAAGUGAGGGGAUUUAUGGGUAAAAUCUCCCCAUAUCUUGGAAAUGUUUGUAAUAAAAUAUUUGAAUUUUUUUUGCCUUACAAUCUUGUUUCUCUGGAUAAAGUAAGGUCGGAGACUGAAAUGGUUAAUGUUCCACUUAAAUUUGGAUAAUUAUUUUUGUUUAAGUCAAAGUUACAAAUGGCUGACACAUCUCCUUUCACUUGUUUUUUUUAAUUCAUUUUUUUACAAGUUGUGAAAUUUCCUUAAUUUCCAUUUAACUUAUAGUCACUACUAUUCCAUGUUAAAAAAUACAUUCAAUAAAUGUUAGAAAAGUAAAUGGAUAUGGCAGACAGGUGAACGCAUGUGGCCUUUUCAGUGUGUGUAAUAUAAAUUAUCGUCGCUAGAUGGUGCACUUUUGUAAAGAACGGGAAAAAGCACAUUUCUGUUUUGAGAGCUUCUUUGUUUGAAAACAGCCUUAAAAUCUUUAACUGGACGAUAGGUUUUAUGGUGAAUAAAAAUCCUUCCGUAUGUUGAAA